AUUUAAUUUUGCAUGUUAUAUCUUUUUACAGAAAAAGAACCAUGUGAUGCUUAAACAGAGUAUUUCCAAAACGUAUGAAUUUAUUAGCUCAAUAACGGCUCUGCGUGUAUUUGAGUAGAAUGUAGUUGAACGUGCGUUAUGGCUUGAGAUAGGUGUACAGAUCUUGCGCCUGACACGUCUUCGCCACAUGGUGAGCACUAAUGGUAAAGUCAUCUAAAAUAUAUUGAUGUAUGAUGAAAUGAAAGUGUGGACAAGCUGCAUUAGGCCACAAAAGACAUUAAACCUCUAAGUGGGACCUUGAUUGCGAGCUCAGGAGACAGCCAUUCAUUCGUCAUGAGGUCAGCAUUUUUGGAAUUAUUAGAUAACAACGUAGGGACACAUUGCACUGGCAGAAUAGACGUGGCUCAAACAAGUUAAAAGCACCUCGGAUGGACACACAUUUUUCUCUCGUGGUUGCUCUGGCAACAUUUCGUAUGAGUAAUGGUGACUAUAGUUGCAUUUGCAAUUAUAAUCAAGAUAUUGCAGUGUACAACGAAACUUCCAACUCCAGUUUCUUGAUGGGACACAUGUAUGAAUUUGACUGCAAAGCGGCAGGGUCACCCACGGGCAUGGCUGGCUGGGCAUCUGUGCUAUUUCAGCAUCAGUUAGGGUACGUGCAAUUGGUUGACAACAUGGAACAACAAAGUUGUCCGGGAGCUACCCCAAUAGGAGAUGACUUAACCACAUCAAAUCCUCCAACAAUACAAACGACAACUACAGAAGAUCUUACCACGUUAUUACCAACUACUACAACACCAGUACCAACAACGUUACCGCCGUCAACAGCAGCACCAUUCACUUCUGUCCAGACAGACCAGAGCACAACAGCAACCACAACACAACCACCAACAACAGCUGCACCUUCUACUACAGUUAUGACCGACCAGGCCACGACAACAACAACAUCAACGUAUCUUAGCCCUGUGGCAGGAGUCCACUAUGGAUGUGAAGAGACGUUAUUCUUGCAUGCCGCCUCUCAUGAUAGCAAGCUCUUCACUAUAAGCCAGACGUGCUACGAACUGGUAAGAGAGGCUGUAUCUUGGACGGAUGCAGAAAACGACUGUAAAAGUCGUGGAGGACAUUUAGUACACAUUGAAAACGACGAACAGCAGAACAAAAUAUACGAGGUCGUCAAGCAAUACCAUGAUGAUCAUGUCUGGAUAGGGCUGAACGACCGUGAACAUGAAGAAACAUUUGUAUGGUCAUCAGGAAAUUCAGUUAAUUACACCCACUGGUACCCCGGUCGAAAGACUAACCUCCCGUUAAAUGAAGACUGUGUAGCCAUGUGGAUGGACCACGGAGGGCAAUGGGAGGACGUACACUGCAGCCCUAAUUUGCUGUACAAUGCGCAUGCGUACGUGUGUGAAUUUGAUGCAAUAAAUGACAUGAUGACAACAACCCCUGAUGAAAAUUCGUUGAUAAACACAGAUGGCAUCAUGUAGUUAUGCAAGCACGAGCAGUCAAGUCUUGGGACUAUUGAAAGCGUUGGGCAAUUUGGAAGAAGUUGCUAUAGUUUCUACACUGACAUAGUGAUUUGGGUUCACGCCGAACGAACUUGCGAGCAGGACGGUGGCCACCUUGUACAAAUCAACGACGAGCAUGAACAGCGAUUCGUCGAGGCUUUUAUGAUGAGGCACAAUCCGUCAUCGCCUGUUUGGAUUGGUCUCAAUGACCGAAAGAAUGAGGGACAGUUUGUAUGGACUGACGGACAGGCCGUAAACUACGCAAACUGGUUGCCAGGACAUGUGACGCACGGUAGCGACGAGGACUGCGUGGCGCUGUUGCCUAGCAACAAUGGAAGCUGGGACGAUUUCAGCUGUGGAACUUCCGGUUUUCUUGGCUUUGAGCGUGGAGAGAGGCAUCACCCGUUGUGUGAAUUCGCAGCCUCCCAGAUUUUACACGGAUCAAUUCUUGUGGGCUGAAUAUGCCCCCCCCCCCCCCACCAACAACCGGAAAAAUCCAUGUACAAUAGUAAAUAAAUGACAAUUGAUGUUAGCUGUAAGAGUAGAACACAACAACAGGAACCAACGUGAAAAUAAAUAAAUUGUAUAGUUGUUUUGUAUUAAAUUGAAUUUAAUGAAAAAUAUAAUUCAUUUUGAA